AAUACAAUUUGAACUCGUUAGUUUCAUCACAAUGAUUACUGAUGAUUGCCAUUGCAUUGAUAGCCUGCAUACUAUGUGCAAAAACGCUUUGACAUUUUUAGGAGUGUAGCUGACCCAUAAUCAUAUAUCUUGGCAGCAGCGCUGCUUUAUUUUUUUGGACCGACUUGGGCUGACAGCUACUUUUGCUUUUGCUCGAGCUAUGGCUUUACUUUUCUGGUUUUUUUUUUUUCUUAAAUGACAAGUCUAAGCGAACUAAAACAAAGACUUUUGCAUCCUCAUUAUGUUGUGCACCUUAUUUAUGGAGGACUUUAUAUUGCUGUUCGAUUGACACAUCUCAUAACCACGCAAUCAUAUAACUUCCAAAAACUAGAGCUUAUCUACUUUUAGUAGGCAUGUCAGUUUGGAAGUGUGUCAUGGCGGCUACUGCAGAAGAACUUUGCAGUGUGCUUAUUUUGUAUGCUAAAUUCUUUACCCUUUGCAAUAUCUAUUGGCGAAAAGGAUUUUGGCUAGCUGCAUUAUACGGCUUUGGCUGGAUGGCUAUUUCAACUGUAUUUCCUCAACCAUGGUAUCGAGGACCCACCAAGAUUUAUGAAUUGAAUGAAACGGCAUUUAGAGAUAGAGUGCUUGGCAGAAAUAAACAAAAGGCAUCCACUGUAAAGCCUACAUCAUCGACUUCAUCUUCUGCUAGCCCACCCGUGUCAUCCUCCUCAACCAUGUCCAUUGAUGAUAUUAAAGGACCACGUAUUACAGAAAUCGAGGAUGAAAGCUUGACAAAUAAACCGCACAAAGUACAAGAAAAAAAGGCGUCGGAUGACAUCGACCCGAAAUAUUGGGUAGUUUUAUUAUAUGCAAGCUGGUCAGUGUCAUGUCUCAAUUUUGAAGCUGUCUUGGCUAAACUAUCCAUCAAAUAUGAUGUUCCUCAUCUAAAAUUCGGACAGAUCGAUGUCGAUCUCUAUCCUGAUCUAGCAGAGGAAUUUGGUGUUAGUAAAGACCCUGCGUCAUUUGAUCUGCCUACAUUAAUACUAUUUCAAAAUGGCAGAGAGAUCAGACGCCUACCAGAAUUGACAGUAUCGAAAACGAACGGAAACCCUACCACACGAACGAAUGCUGCCAAGGAUACUAUAGCAAGAUUGGGAUGGAGCAAGCAACCCGCGGCGGUUGUGAGGAUAUUUCAAUUAGACAGAAUUAUGAACGAAAAGCCAAACAAAGCGUUAUAGAAGUUGAAUAAACAAUUCUUGUUGGUGAUUUCUUCAAGAUGAUAACCAUUGAGGAUGUCCUUUUUAAAACAGAUCAAUAACGAUUUCUACCCUAUCAGCCAGCACUAAAAUAAAUCUGGAAGCUUCGUUUUUCCUCAAGUCUUCUGUUGGAAUCUUUGCAUGGUUUCCAAAUUCAGAGAAUGGACGAUAUACUGUAGAAUGUAUAUCCUUUCAUCUUCCGCUGCCCUUGAUUAUAAAUCGAACAGACGGUUAAAAAUUUGUGACUGACGUAUUGAAUGUCUACUUU